AUGACUAGUAGUCUCUCAUACAGACUUCUCAGAACAGGGGGCAGUCUUCUCUCUUCCGUCUGGGUUGUAGCACCGCGACACGUAACGGUCGCCUGCGGGUGCUCACGCACUCUUUUACUUUUUUCUUUCUUUCUUUCUUUCUUUCUUUCUUUCUUAAUUUUAUUCUGUCUUAAUUUUCUCCUUGUUAUUUUUGUCACCGUAUUACAAGCUUUCAUCAUUUCUUUUGAAGCUUCAUCCUACAUUCUCCUCUCUCAUUAUCUAUAUUCUGUCUUUCUCUCUUUUUGCGUACAUCGCAUAUUUGUAAAUCAAAUAUAUCUGCUUACAACAGAAAUCCGAUCUAUCUAUCUAUCUAUCUAUCUAUCUAUCUAUCUAUCUAUCUAUCUCAAAUUUCAUGAUUGUCUGAUAUUCUCUCUAUCACUUUCUAUCUUCUGCAUCUAUCUAUCUAUCUAUCUAUCUAUCUAUCUAUCUAUCUAUCUAUUGCAACUUCCCCAUAUUCUCUCUCUCACUUUCUAUCUGUCUAUCGCAAUUUCGUCACAUCUGUCUGUCUGUCUGUCUGCAUCUAUCUAUCUAUCUAUCUAUCUAUCUAUCUAUCUAUCUAUCUAUCUAUUGCAACUUCCCCAUAUGUCUCUGCCUAAUAAUCUCUUUCGUUCUCUCUCUCUCUCUCUAACUAGCUCUCGUAACUUCAUGAUAUCUAUCUAUCUAUCUAUCUAUCUAUCUAUCUAUCUAUCUAUCUAUCUAUCUAUCUGCGGUCGUGCAUUUAUGCGUUUUUGUGCUCACGCCAAUCGAAUUUUAUAG